AACUCGAUCUUUAUAGGCGUCAUUAUGCAAGUCAGGGUCGAUAGUCCCACCGGAACAUCUCAAUGCGAACAUGGGCGUGGCGAGGACGGUAGCAUACAGCGGGAAGUACAGAUUGAGAUAGUCGCUAAACCUACGUCACGAUCGAUACCCCGGCAUAUGGGAAUCGGGAGGGACCCACCCAUGCACCAUCCAUUUCUUUUCCCGUGGUACGACUAGCGCACGAAAACACCGAAUCCUCCGCAAUUGGCAUCUCACCACCUAGCAUAUCCUUACCUAUGGUCGCAUAUCCCUAUCCACACAGAUGACCAGCGGUCUGAUGCGGCGCUUUUCGACAUCUGCCCGCACGCAACUUCUGACUUGCCCAGCACGAUCGCUCACUGUGCCCCGGCUGCUGGGGCUCAAGCAGUACAAGAGGAACAUCACAGCCGUAGGCGCGAAGCAAGCAUCCGUGUCCAGGCACUGGUUUACUAGCUCGUCGCCAUGCAAACACCCCGAGCCCGAUGAGCGCGGGAAGGAGCGACUGAACGAGCGCAACUUGAAACUCGGAAACACCAUACGGGUGCUCCACGACCGCCUGCCCACGCUCCUCAUAUCGCCCUUGCCGCAAGACAUCCUCUCCCCGCACAUCAGCCUCCACCUAUUUCCCUCGACGCAUCCUCAUCUACCCACCGUGAGCGGAAGGUUCGCAUACGCAGCUGCACUGUGGACAGCACCAGUCGCAUGGGGCCAGGUACCAGUACUCGGCAAUGUGAAGCUCGAGAUAUUAUCUGAGCGCAUGGUCAAGAACGGCGCCUCGUCAGCGAGCAACGUACGCAACGAGAAGCUUAUAGUCCGAUGGCAGACAUGCAAAUCGGAGAAGAAGGACAACGGCCAAGUCAGCGACGUUGUUGAAAAGAUUACGAGCAUCGUCGCAGGAUCGAAACGACCCCACCAGGAGUUUACUGGGCUCUUCAAGUUUGAAUUCGACGAAGAGGGGCGCAUCUUGAAUCACAUCAUCGAGCAUACAGAAGAGGGCCAGCAUUGGGACAGGACAGCGAAGGUCAUCAGUGUCACUGACUGGCUGCUGGGGCGGGCGUGGGGCAGACGUGAGGAAGUCAGCCCUAGUCUGGCAUUUGCUAGAUGUUGGAGGGAGAAGAACAGCCGGGGUCGUGGUGAGCGGCGAUGAAGAUCUUGUUGUUCCACCCUUGGACUUUCACCACUCUUGUACAAGACAUGUAAUCACGAAGUAAUGCCAUUUGGAUAAUGUACAAAAUGAAUACAAUAACAACGACAACAAACACGAUGACACAACAGCAUCGACUUCAGAUGCGUAUCCGCCAUACUGAUGACGACGUGGGUCAAAAAGCGCAUCGGAAGAUAUUCAGAGGGGGCCAUUGGCUGGUGGCAUUCUGCAGAUGCGG